AUGGUGCUUUUAUAUGGAAAUGAUAGAGCAACUGGUGAGGAUGCGGAGACUGCAUUUGAGAUGAGAAAGAGGAGAACUUCAUCUACUGAGAAUCUAUUUACCACAACAAUCGACGAGGUUGACAACCUUGUAUCUCAAAAUGAAGUUACUUUGGAGAAUAUUGGUGAUUCUAUUGACGUGGAUAAUGAUAUCUUUAGUGUUUCUACUCAACAUCCUUCUAUGGGAGGAAACAGUGGAGCAACUAGUAAGAAAAGAAAGAAGGAAGAUGCAAUGAAGGAUAAAGCGUCCGAAUUUGAGAUUAUAAAAGGAGCAAUUGAUAACGUCGCAAAUGCACUACGAGAAGGAAAUGAACUAUUCAAAGACAUGUACUGUCAUAAAGUUCCCCCAAUUUCCGGCGAAGCAACAUGGACUUUACUCAAGGAAUGCGGGUUUGAUAAUAACUUAUUGACGGACAUCUAUUGUUUUCUUAUGAGGGACAUCGACAAGCUUCGAUGUGUUGUCCAAUGUCCGCCCGAAGCUCGUAAGGAUGUUAUCAUGAGAAUGAUGUUUGGUCCCUCCAAUCCACCAUUGUGA